AUGAGGGAUCGUACUGAAGUCGCCGAAGUGAUUCUAGAGAUUUGCCUCGCUCAGUACAGCCCUGAGAAAAAGGAUGAGAGAAACGCUCGCUACAUAAUGGCUGAGCAGCACGAUAAUGACUGCAGGAGCGAGAGCAGUUGCGAUGUGCACGUCUAUGAAGAGAUCAAUGACGACAAAUUUUCCACCGAAAACAUAGGCGCGGUCUCCCUAGAAUUUGAUAGCCAUGUUGCACCGCUAGACUACUUAUCCUGGUUCUGUCCGGCCAAGACUUUGAGUGACAGAGAUAUGAUCAACACUUCUCGCUCUUCGAGUUCGUUACUUGGGUAUGCUCUUGAUGCAGUCAAUGAACCUCUUUUCUCCUGGCUUCUCAAACUCGGAAAGCAUUAUAACACUCUUAAAACAAAAAUAAAUUCUGAAUAUGACAGUUUAUUUUACAGUUUUAAGACUAGUUACCUUCAACAAGCUAUUCAGCUCGGCAAUACUAGGAGGGUCAUUGAAUUGAUUAAGAGCACUGGCUGUGGUAUUCCGUUCGAAGAUCUUGUCAAAAGCAGUGGUGUUCAGAGUCACGAGAGCUCGAAGUAUUACCAAGGCUUGUCUGUGUAUGGCAGGAAGCGUGCGGACUGGGCGGCUGCUGGAAGACAAACUCAAAUCCGGGUUUCUAGCGGGACUCAGAUAUCUCCUCUUUUGUUGGCGGCACAGUCAGGAACUCUUGAAAUUCUCGAAUACUUCCUCAGUGACACGCCAUUGCGACUCUAUCAAGAGUUUUUGACCGCUUACAAAGAUGACAUGAGAGUUAAGAGACUAAGUAGAGGACUUGGUGGGGUUCAUAAAGCUAUUUCUGAUUGGUAUCAUGCCAAUCAAGAAUAUCUGCUCUUUUUUGUUCUCGCCGGGACCCUUGAGAAUGAUUCCGAAGCACGACUCGAAUACGUUAUAAGAACAUUCCCCGGCCAAAUUGAAUCACAGCUGGUCUCAGGCGAGACACCACUGUAA